AACGCAUUUAAGCCAACGCUGAGGCGCCUAUGUGAGUUGCAUUCACCGCCGGCCGCUUCUGCCGGGACUCGUGCGCGAGUCAGCUUGCUCUACUCAAGGACGUUGCUGCCAAAUUGUGGCUGUCACGCUCUUGGUUCACCAGACGACCGCCAUGACUUCAACAAACCGGGCCAAGUGCAAUCGUAGACUCUCGGCAACCAAAGUGGGCGCGCCUGGCAGAGUCUUGUGCGUAGGAGACCGAGGAAGCAUCUGCACGUACUAGUAGUGUGUUGCGAGCGACAUACGCUUGUGAUGACAAGCAAAAGUCGUUUGGGCGCUAAGCUAUCACCCACGUCGGAUGUGAUUGGGUCUAAACGGGGUAUUUCAGCCAAUAAAAUCCAUUUGGCCAGAAAGACGAUUGCCAAACGAGCAAUGGCGGCCGAGACCGUGGUGGACCCUACCGUGGACCGGCGCCUCGAGCACCAGCGCCUGCGCAACCGCAUGAAGCAGCGCCGCCACAAGGCGCGCUACGUCUCGGAGCGGCAGAUCCUCGAGCAGCAGAUCGAGGAGCUGAGCCUCGUCCUCGCAAAGCGCUCUGGCGCGCCCCGGGCCACGGUCGACGAGUCGGACGAGAGCUCAGCCUUGUCGUGGCAGGACGUUGCGACGGCCCUUAGCGACGCCCGUCUUGAGGCCAUGACGACGCUCGAGACGCUCCAGAAGCAGCACGCCAAGCUCCAAAAGACGUUUGUUGGCGCGCUCUCGAUGGCCACGACGCUCAGCCGGCGCGACAACCUCACGAUGCCUGCGCGCCACUUUGCCUUCCUCGAUGCGACUCUGGCGGCCGACCCCGCGGCGCGGCGCCUCGGCAUGGACUGGUUCUCGCAGCACUUGUACCACAACACGGACCUCAUGAUGCAGUACGCGGCCUUCUCCCCCGUGGGCAACGAAGUCAAAAGCCUCACGCGCGACUGCGGCCCGGACCAGCUCGACCUCCUCUCGCGCAUCCAGAUCGACUACAACAUGCCGCUCGAGUCUGCAAACGCGGCUGUCAAUGGCCGCCUCUGGUCCAUAUUUCGGGGCGAAGUGCUGCCGUUCUACUCGGAGUACCUCGACCAGGACAUCACGGCGUCCAUCGACGCCAAGCUGCUGUAUCGGCGCAUGGUGCUGUCGGCGGGCGAAGCCAACUUCAACAUCUCCCGCGAGUUCUCGACGCCCGAUCGCAUCGUCUUUGUCAUGGGCAGCUUUGCGCACGACGAACGCCAAGCGCGCAACGAAACGUGGAUCCCGACCAUGAUCUGGGCGGUGCUCGAGCGGCGCGGGCCCACGACGUCGCGGCUGCGCAUGGUCCUGUACAACGGCCCGCUAUCGGUCCGCGGGUGCUUCACGACGUGGCAAGAAGAGUUUGCAGAGCUCCUGUCGCCACCAGAAGAGCGCUCGAUCGAGAGCUUUGGAGAAAGUCUCCAAGCCCAAACCCGCGCCAACAUCCUGGAAAAGUUUAGUACACUGUCGUUAAACUAGCAUUAUCGUCCGUGAGAAAUAGAGUUUAUAUGUGAAAUAACGAUAGUGUUUUGGGUUCCGAG